GCCAAAUUGUUGCGAGUUGUGACGAAAGUCCGUGAUACGGGAAGAGGCGCUCGGUGCUGACCAAGCAAGCCAGGUUGCCGACGGCGGAGAUUGCGGUGUUGGCUAGGGUUAGGGUCUCCUACCACUUCAGUAUGCCAAGCCUAGAUAGAUGGAUCAAACGUCAUCUGGGGUUUGUGGCUGCCAAGCCGGGAUUGUGCAUUGUCACUGUGCAACCACCUGGCCAGCAAGACAAUACUUCACCCAUUCUUUGGUGCAGAGCGCAAACCGCCAUACGAGCACCUAGUCUUCCUUCAUAUGUCAAGAGAACGCGCUGAGAUGGUGUGAACCACCGACUAAUCAUGGCGACCAUAGUCGGCGAGGGGCCUGACGAGAACUCCUUCACCCCUUCUACGGCCAACGGCCCCAGCGCUGUCGAGCUUGCCCACCACAAGCUGGCUCAAUCUAUCAGCCAUCUCCCAUCACCAAUACUGACACCGAGCGAUCCACGUCCAGACCCGACAACCGAAGAACAACUUGUUUACGAGCGCGUAACUACAAGCCCAACGAGAGGUGUCCCGACACCAGAACCCUCGGAGGAAAGCCAAAACGAUGUCGAGCCCUCAGCGGAGCUAUCCUCCUCUGAAGGGAACAGCCACGAUGCAAAGCCCGAAAUUCUGAACCAGACGACCGUCGCCGUCCCCAAGACACGAAGUCGGUCAAACACAAAAACAAGCAACCCGGGCGGUGGCGUGAGGCGACUGUCAGCCUCCAAAAUGCAAGAGCUGACUGCAGCCCCCGAAUCCCUCCCAGUGGCUGCCGUGCCAGAGCGCAGGCUAGCAGAUCAACCGUUGAGCGCGGGCAUCGCCGAGACCAUCAGCCGGACCGCUGUGGCCGAUCGUCACGAGUUUCCACGGGUGGACGGCUUGGAUACUCGACAGGAUGCGGGAAACGCACGACCAACCUUUCAGGCACGCCCGAAUCUGGGUGGAAGGACGUUGUCUACGCCGCCAAUGAGCAGACGAAAGUCGACGAGUCAACCUCCUGCGCAGUCGCCCUCCUCGAAUCGGCGCAAUUCUUUUCAACCGCCUCCUCGGCCGGCCCCUCUUGAUCUCGAAGGCAAGGGAAAUCACGCUUCGGAAACGUCUAAACAGCCGGCACCUAGGAGGGGUGAGGCCGCGGAAGACAUCCCUCCUUCACCUGUACCGCCAUCGGUACCGCUGCCGCCAAUGUCGGUCCCUACGCUUCUUCAGCUGGAAUUGGCAGGUCAGCGGCCCAGUCCGUUGUACAUUCACCACUCUUACACUACCGAUAUACCCUACGAAUCUAGUGCGGUCAAGUUUGAGCGUCUCAAAAACGUCAUGAUGCUCCCAUGGUUUCUGGAAAGAACCAUCAUCUUUGGGGCGCUGGCUUGCUUGGAUGCUUGGCUUUGGACAUUUACAAUUCUGCCAAUGCGAUUUUGUCUUUCACUUUCUAUCUUGGUUCAGUGGUGGUGCCAUGUCCUACAGAAAGAAGCAAGGUGGCUGGUCGGUUUUGUCUGGUACGGGCUUGGACGCAUGUGGGAGAGAGGACGGCGCGGCAGGUCUACGUCCAAGACCAACCACCAUGAUUUGGGCCAAAUGGAUGAGUCUAGGAGCCGUAGCAGGGCACGCGAUGUAGGGGAUGGCGUCGGGGGCCAGUCCUCUGGGGUCUCUGCUGCUGCCGGCGAGCCAACCUCUCGUCGCCGUGAGACCUCUCGGACACACAGCGGCGGUUCGGUUCCGUUGUCUAAGCGACCAAGCAACCGGCCGCCGAGGACCUUUCGACAUCGACGAACCAAGUCAAGCCCAUCGAAUCUGACGUCGUACAACAAGGCCGAUCUUUUGCAAGGUGCCAUCAUUAUUUGCAGCUCCGUUGCCCUGAUGAACCUAGACGCUAGCCGGAUGUACCACUUCAUCCGUGCACAGUCCGCCAUCAAACUAUACGCCAUCUACAACCUGCUCGAAGUAGGAGACCGGCUCAUGUCGGCUCUUGGUCAGGACGUUUUGGAGUGCUUGUUUAGUGCCGAGACGCUGUCUAGGAAUAGCUCUGGCCGCUCCAAGGUUAUGCUUCCGCUGGGUAUGUUUCUAGGUGCCCUUGUGUACAACAUUUUACACUCUGUCAUCCUGUUCUACCAGGUCAUUGCGCUAAAUGUUGCUGUCAACUCGUACUCGAAUGCGCUGAUGACGCUGCUCUUGUCGAAUCAGUUCGUGGAGAUCAAGAGCUCCGUCUUUAAACGCUUCGAAAAGGAGAACACGUUUCAGCUAGCCUGCGCCGACAUUGUGGAGCGUUUUCAGCUCUGGAUCAUGCUCGUCAUUAUCGCCAUGCGCAACAUUGUGGAAGUGGGAGGAUUCUGGGUUCCGGGCGCGGGCGGCGACGAUGGCGGCCCGAUCAGCUUUCCGCUUCACACCUCAUCGGUACUCCCGGCUAGCUUCACCAUCAUGCCGUCGUGGCUCUGGUCUGGCGAGGUUUUGUCUCCCUUUUUUGUCGUGAUUGGCAGUGAAAUGGUUGUGGACUGGGUCAAGCACGCUUUCGUGAAUAAAUUCAACAACAUCAAACCGACGUUUUACAGUCGAAUUCUUGAUAUUCUCUGCAAGGAUUACUACACUAAUGCCUUCGUAACCCCCUCACUAACUCGCCGCCUUGGCCUUCCUGUUAUGCCCUUAUCCUGCCUCUUUAUUAGGGCAUUUGUGCAGAUCUACAACAUGUUCCUAGCCACGCACCUGCCAACGCCUUUGCCGCCAUCAACACAGACGGCCUUGUCGGUGGACUCGGCCGCCCCAUCCCCAGCCAUGGUGGCUGCCCUGGACAGGCUGGACAAUCUCAUCCGCAACGCCCUCGGCCGGGCGGUUUACGGUUCGCCCUACCCCGAUCUCGUUUCCUCCCCAGACAAUGCCACAUCGGAACAGGUAGCCGCUGCGGCGCAGGCGGGAAUGGGCACCAAGCUUUGGAUGAGGUGGCAGUUCACCUCGGAUGACAUCAUCGCCGGCUUGACCAUGGUUGUUGUUUUCCUGCUCGUCUUUUUGUUGCUGUUGAUUAUCAAGAUGCUGCUGGGCAUGGUGCUGCUGUGGUACUCGAGAGACCGGUACGCCAAGAUGAAGAUGAAGGAGCAUGCCAUCGCCAUUGGCAAACAAGAACGCGAGAGCUUUGACGCCAAGGGCAGACGGGUUGGCGGCUAUGGAAACGUGGAAGUCGGGGAUGACAGGAGGAGGUGGAUCUUUGCUGACGACCCAGAAGGGCUGCGCAAAGUGCAGGAGCGAGACAAGAGAAAUCGGGACAAGGAAGAGAGGGAAAAGGAAAAGGAUUUCAGCGGCGUCGUGAGGUAUGAGAUGGUCGCUCGGAGGAUAUGGUAGAAGCAUGCAUGCAUAAAAAUGGCGUUUCA